UCUGUUGAGAAUUGUAUCAAACUGCAUCACACAUCCUGUUUAGCACAAGACACCAUGAGAACCGGACAAACUUCUUUUCUUUUGUCUGUACAGCACUGGAUCCAUCUGUUGAUAUUCUUUUUAACUCUUAUAACAGGGGUCUUGACAGAUGAAGAAGUGAUAAGAGCUCUGUUGGGUGGGAGUGCGUCGCUUAACUUUAAGGUUAAAGCAGACAUGAAAGUAACCCUAGCUGUAUGGAAAAAGUGUCCAGAUGAGAAGGUUUUUGUGUACAGCCCCAUCCAUGGGCUUACUAUAUUUGACAACAACUAUGCUGGGCGUCUUUCCAUAAAAUCGAACUACAACAUUAUACUGGAUAAAAUACAAGAGAGCGACUUUGGGACUUACUGUUAUGAACUCACUACUUUCCCAGAUGGGAGUCUUCAAGGAACAAAUAAGCUAGAGAAAGCAACAGAAAAUGGUGACUUGCCCAUCAUGAUAAUCUCCGCGGGUUGCAGCAUAGGUUUAAUAGUGUUAUGUGGAAUCGUCACUGGAGUGGUUUGCUAUAAGAAGAGAAAAAGCAGCCUUGCGUUGGAUCACGGAGGACCUCCUGGCAGUCAGCUGAAAAAUAAGAAGCAACCCAAUGAGAGCAUAAGCUCACAGAAUGAAGAAGACUUCAAUUACCUAAAUAUCACUUAACCUUCCACACUAUGGGUAUUAUUGGAUUUCCUGAAGAUCAUUUUUAAUGACAAUAACAAUAAUGCCAUGUAUAUACACUCAUAAGUUUUUUUUCUAGCUUUUAAACAUUUAGUCUUUAUUUUUGUAUACAUUUUAUUUUGUAAUAUAGUAAAAAAUUUUGUCUGGCAUGUUGUCUUUAUUUGUGUUAUAUAUUAGGAUGAUAACAUGUUUAUGGGCAGUUGUGUUGUAAUGGCUGAUCUGGCCUCAGUCAAAAGCAAAAGCACUGUGAUAAUCAUCUUUGUUGCCUGAAGCGUUUGAUCACUGUAAACUGCAGAAAGUGCAAAAAAUCUUUUGGUCCUAUCAACUUGCAAUACUCGGAUGAUGGCAGUGACAGAAUGAUUCUACACAAGUAAUGCAUAUAAAUAUAUCUCUAUGGAUUUUUGUAAACAUGACCUCUUCCAAAAGCAUUAUUAGCAAUAAUGUCAUUAGUAACUUUGCAGACGUUUCUACUUUUGUGACCAGUUGCAUUUGGACAGUUAUCAUCAGUUAACCACAAGAAAAGUCACUUCCUGACUUCUGAGUGAUCUUUCUAGAUUAAACAGCUCGUCAGCAGGAGGAGCAGUCUCUUUUUUUGUUGCAUUGUUUAAAGUCUGAUUUCCACUGGUUUGAUCAAUUGUUCUGAUUCCUCUCAGAUUCUGAAGACAUCACUGCCGAUUGACUGGAUUCAUGAUAACAUGUCACUGCUUCCACUUCAAAAAUGCAAACAUACAAAAUAAAGAGCUUUUGCACAAAGCCA